AUACAUUGAUAUACACAAAUUCAAAUAUUAACAUCAAGCAUCAUCAAUUUAUUAGAAAAAUGGCCUCUUCAUCAGCAAUCAGUGAUAACCACAGGGCAGCUCUAGACAAGCUAAAGGCAGAAUUAGGAUCGGGAGCUGAAAGUGGGCUAGGGGAUGAUGUGAAAAUGGCAUACAGCAAUGUGAAUGCACAACCAUCCCAAGCAACAACAAGAGCAUGUAUGCUCAAUGAUGGAGUGGGAACAAUCACCUUACAUGACUAUAAAGAUUGGUCUGGUAAAGUGUUUGGCUCGUAUCCUCCUAGUAUUCCGAUGACUCGUUCGGGUAAGUCAACUCAUCGAGGCGUUCCUCCAAAAGAUUCACAGGGCUCUAUGGGGGCGGUUGUUUAUGUUGGCUCCAAUGUACAAGGACAACCUAAUAAUUGUGCAUGGGUCUUGGCCUGGUGGGUCGCUGGCGAUGGCUCUUCCAAUAAGAUAUACGUGGAAACCGGACCUUGUAGCAAGUAUCCAAAGAAUAAAAUUGACUGGGACUCUAUCAAAGACAAGCUGAUGAAUUCUAUUAACGAAAGUAAUCAUCGUGACGACGAUACCGGAGCUGAGGCAUCUGCUAAAAUUGAUGAAACUGGAAAUAUUCCUGCUUGUGCUGCUGUUUUCGACGUCACCCUUUAAAGAAAUAACAAAAACUCAUAAUAUAUAAUAUUUACUCUGUUACUUUGAGUUUGGAAAAAAAUAUAUAUAAUAAAUGGAGUAUGGUAUGACAUUGUACAUUAUAUAGUAGUGUGCUUGAAUGUUAACAUGCACAUCAUUAGUAUAUAUGGUACAAUAAAUAACUAAAUAUCUACUCCUUAUAUGUUUUUUAUUUCUUGAGUGCUUGUGAAGUUCUUUCUUUUUCUCUUUUGGAGAUGAAAAGUGCUUGUAACUUGCAACUCAUCCUACAUGUAUUUUUGUCAUACAAAACCCUAUUGGGAUAAAUCUUGUGAAUUUAUGCUAUAUCCUGAAUCCA